AUUAGAUUCAUCAUUCAUCGUGCUUACAUCGUUCCCACUUGCAUCGCGCUUGCAUCAUUCUCGCUCGCAUUGUCAAUUCUGUUGGUGCUUGUAUCAAUUUUCCAUUAACAUCAAUAUCUAUUACCUUUUCUGUUAACAUCAAUGCAUUAGAUUCAUCAUUCAUCGUGCUUACAUCGUUCCCACUAAUUCCGUUUGCACUGCGCUCGCAUCGCCAUUUCUAUUUGUGCUCCCAUCAAGAUAUCUAUUACCUUUUCUGUUAGAUUCAUCAUUCAUCAUACUUUUCGGAUUCUUCUAUGAUUUGUGCGCUAGUGAGGACUAAAAUGAUAAGCAGUCUCAAACAUUCCACUCGGUAAUAGGAAAAGAUCUCUCCUUUUGCUUACUUCAUGGACAAAAAAAGUGUUAUAAAUCCAUCGCACACAUCACUCGUGUCACCUAUCAAAUAGUCACUCCAGGGUAGAAAACCAUGAUUGGAUAAGCACAAACAGAGGCUGCGCAAUGAUUAUUUACUGCAAAACCAAGACGUGCACCAGUUUGGGAAAAAAAAAUCCUUCAAGGCCUAAGAUUCAUUGAAUCUGCGAUUUCUGUGUACGGCCUUAUCGAAAUUCAGGUGGGUCCCACAAUACUCUCAUUAAAAAAAAAUUAAAAUUGUCACCCUUGCAUGGAAUCCAUGGAUUUAGGAAACCCCACGUAUCAAGCUAAUUGUCAAGCUUUGGUUUUGGGAAAUAACGUAGCAGGGUCUUAUCUCCAAACGUUUCAACACCGCCUCCUAUAGUAAAUGACGAUUGUCCACAAUCACUCUCUCUUCUAAUCCCUUAACACUUCGAUAAACAAAGAGAGAAUGAAAAAGCGAAACUGGAAUGUUGCUUCUGGUUGUUUGACACCUGAGCAAGUAUGCAAACAAAGUGUUCGGCCAUGUGUGUAUAAGAGAAGUUAACAGUGAGGCUGGCCGUGGACACGAUCUGUCUUGUUCACCAUGACAAGUAUCACUGCAGCCCCAGCAGAAGCCACGUUUCAGGUGUGCCCCAUUACUGCAAUCUGGCUCCUACUCGAUCGUCUUAUAAAUUCCGCCACCCAUUUCAGUUCUGGGCUCAUCAGACUCUCAGAACAUUUUCCCCUCGUAGUUCUCUGAAAAUGUUGAAAUCCGGGAUAGGUAGCAGUGUUGGGGUUGGGGAGAGGAAAACGGUGAAGAAGCCGGCGCAGGCCAGCUCGAGGAAGGGGUGUAUGAGAGGGAAAGGUGGGCCGGAAAAUGCUACGUGCACUUACAAGGGUGUUAGGCAGAGGACUUGGGGGAAAUGGGUGGCCGAGAUCCGCGAACCUAAUCGCGGAGCUCGUCUCUGGCUUGGGACGUUCGACACGUCCCAUGAGGCCGCCAUGGCCUAUGAUGCUGCUGCCAGGAAGCUCUAUGGCUCCGAGGCCAAGCUCAAUUUGCCCGAUCAACUUGUACCCCAUUCUCCACAGCCUCCUGUGCAGAACAAUAAUCUCCAGAUGGCUCAGAUGCAGGUGGCGAAUACAUCAUCUGGUGCUGCAUGUUUUCCAACGGUGACAGGAGUACUGAGCAAUGAUGUUUCCGUACCGGUUGUGCUCCAGGACAAUACUAAUAGUACCUACCCGGUUCCGAUUCCUUUUCCUAAUCCGAGCAUGCAAACCUGCUAUGGUAACACAUACGAGGAGAACAACAGCAACACCACUAUGUCUAUGCUCACAAAAGAGGAGAAGAACGAAGGAAUUGAUCAAGGGUUCUGGGAGAACGUAAAUACAAAAGUGUUGCCGGUGUUUGAUGACUCCAUAUGGGCCGAGGCUGCCCUGUCCAUCGAUUUUCCGGUGAUCGAGAAUCACGGGAUUUUCGCCAGCAACUUCGUUGAUGGAAAUGCUUGGGAGGCAUUACCUGCUUCUUGGUGCGCUUAGAUACCUGGGAAGCUAGCUAUAGCUCAAGUCUCAAGUUUCUUAAAUCUGAACAUGGUGGGGAAAAUUAGUUGGCAACUUGGUAUAAUGUAAAUUAGUACUUAGAAUAUAUAUACGUAAGUACGGUGUGUGGACUUGUGUAUAUAUACUAUAUCGUAUAUAUUGUAUAAAUGUGUAUCUAUAUAUGGGUAUGGGCGGCGGUGCCGAGUGGGUUUCUGUGGGCUUUGUCAGGCUGGAUGGCUCAUUCUAUGGCUCAAACCAGAUCGUCUGGUUUUUUACGUUUCUGUUUUGUUUAUCUUGUUUUAGGAUCUACUCAGUAAUUCUGAGUCAGCCCUUGCAAUUAUAUUGUUCUCUGCAGGGGCUAUUGUUCUUGUUUAUGUAUGGAUGGAUGUAAAUUACUCAUGUAUGAGUACACUUUCUAGUUUCUAACGUACCACUUUACAUGUAGAUCUACUCGUGCCAAUCUGUUUGCCUCUGCUGCUGUUUCUGCUCUGCAAAGCUUUAUCUUUUCGUUAUCUGGCCACAGAUAGAUUUGGCAGAAUUUUCGUCCUGUUAUGAACAGUCAAAUUUCCUCUUUCCGUUCUGCUUACAACUUUUAUGUCAAUGCAUGUCUCCAAUUCAGGACUGUAUUUUCUGAAGCGGGGGAUGUACCUCUUCAGCUUUGAAGUUUAAACGUAUCCAUAACAUAACAACAGUGAAACCAAUCCAUCUCUGUUUCAUGCAAGUUGUCCAUUUUAUACCAAUCCAUCUCUGUUUCAUGCAAGUUGUCCAUUUUAUUGAGUAUUGACCAAACUAAAAGCUUCACUCAAACGCUAUCCUCUGUUGAGUGAUGAACAAGAAUGAAAGCAAAUGCAAGGAAGGUGCCGGAAGAUCAUUUUCCGGCAAGUAACUCACCGGUAAUAAUCAGAUCAGACCCACAAUGAUAAGCCAUGUGCUCCCUCUGUUAAUAUGAAACUGCCAAAUACAUAGUUUGCUAAACACAACCAGUCUUGAAACUUGACAGCAGAGCCAAAACACCGGCCGAAUUAAUGAAUCACCCCCCCUUUGUGGGAAAGCAUACAUAUCAAUUAGUUCAACCCAAAAUUUGUGCCUCUGCAAUUUUUAUUUAGUUAUUUGGCCACCACUUCAGAUAGAUAUAAACCAAGUGCCCUUCCAAUUUCUGUAACUCCACUUUCGUCAGCUUUUGGCCGCUUAACGUUGGAAUAGGUUGGAGCAGAGCGAAGUGCUGAGAGCUAUUUCGUCCUG